GCAACUGCAGAUAUCGAUAACCUAUAAAUAAUCAAGUAAAUGGAGGAAUGCCGAGUACUAGCAGCCACAUACCCUCCUGAGAACGUUUUAAAUAUAGAUGAGACUGGAUUAUAUUAGAAAAUGUCCCCAAGCCGUACGCUUAUAAUAGAAGCAGGAAGUGGAGGAAAGAAGAGCAAAGAUCGAAUCACGCUUGUACUUACUAUAAAUGUAACUAGUACAGACAAGUGGGAACCAUGGCUAGUAGGAAAAUCGAAGGAUCCUCGUUGCUUUGCGAAGAUUAAUCGUCGAUUACUUGGAGUUCAAUAUCGGUAUAAUAAUUCCAGGUAGAUAACAGGAGUAAUUAUGGUCGAUUAUCUUUACUGGCUCAAUAAUAAGUAUUACGCACAGAAUUGGCACGUUCUUCUCUUUAUAGAUAACUUUUCAGGGUACGAAAUAGGCAUUACUCUCGUUAGUGGAAAGACUGCUUUAUUGUACGUACGGGUUGAAUGGCUUCCUGCAAAUACUACCUCC